GAAAAAUUUGAAAUCUUCAACCUGGAUAUGAAGACUGGGGACACUCUGAAGGUCAAAGGCAAGAUAUCCGAUGAUGCGGACAGCUUCAGCAUCAACCUUGGCUGCAGCUCCUCGGAUCUGGCACUUCACUUCAAUCCCCGCUUCAAUAAGUCUGUCAUCGUCUGCAACUCCAAGUGCUCCAAUGCCUGGCAGGCAGAGCAAUAUGAUGACCACCUCUGUUUCUCCAAGGGCUCCACUAUCAAGAUCAUCAUUGAAAUGCUUGCAGACAAAUUCCAAGUGAAACUACCAGAUGGGCAUGCAGUGGAGUUCCCCAACCGGCACUGCUACAGCAAGGUCAGCUACAUGAGUGUCAAGGGAGGCUUCAGGGUCACCUCCUUCAAGCUGGACUGA